CUGCGGAAGGGCAGCGGAGCGGGAAGGGGAAAGGGACGGGCUCGCGCAGCAGGGACGAAGAGCAGGCAGCGGGACCAGGGUAUGCUAUGACGUGUUUCAGGCUGUCUCUUGGUACUUUUAGACGUCUUCAUGUCUGGCUUGGACUCUUGGAGAAGUCUCCUUAUGGACAUUGCACACCUUGGAAGAGGUUUCUUUGCUCUGCAAGCCAACAACCUACGACAGCAAUCUCCCUGAACCACUUCUGCAUUUCUCCCAUUAAAUGCCAUGUCUUUUUAAUACCCUCAUCCAAAAAAACACCAUGGAUUUCUGUACGGCUCAAAAGCAACAAAAGUUCUCGGAAGAACAUGAAACAAACUGUGCCAGAAGAUACUGAAGAGGAGGAAGAUGAAGAAGAGGACAAAAGUGACUCUGAAGAUGAAUUUGAAGAUGAUUCUACCAUAGAGAAAGAUUACAAAGAUCUUGAAAAAGUAGUACAGUCUUUCCGGUUUGAUGUAAUAAUGAAAUCUGGGCUAGAUAUUGCAAGAAACAAAGUGGAAGAUGCCUUCUACAAUGGUGAACUCAGGUUGAAUGGAGAGAAGCUGUGGAAGAAAAGUAGAGCGGUAAAAGUUGGUGACACACUGGACCUCAUAAUUGGAGAGGAUAAAGAAACAGAAACUGUUGUCGUUAUGAGAGUUGUGUUAAGGAAAGCUUCAGAGAAAGAUGAUGGUGAUAAAUACAAAGUGGUUUUGAGGCGCUGGAGAAACUUAAAGGUGCCCAAGCAGGAUGUAUUUAAAUGAACUAUGAUUUGCAUGUGUUGGUAAUUUACCUGUGAUCAACCCAUUUGUUAACACAAUAUAUGGAUUUUGGUUAAACAAAAUUCUUGCACUUUUAACUAUUUAAAGGGUAUUUGAUGGCAUGCCACCUUCCUUACCAUAAGCAAUUCUGUCUCUGUCAGUUUGCUGCUUUUUGUUUCAUUUGGAAGGGGAGAACAAUACUUCUGAGAAAUAAAAGGGAAGGCUAGUCUGAAAUUGCCUCUGCUUUUGUUUAAACAACAUUUUAGGAAUGAAAAAACUGGACUUUGCUUCACUUUUUAUGUCUUGUGAAAUGGGUAGGCAAGUAAUUUCAGAAAGUUGGUCCCGGAAAGAGAAAAUACUGUGUUAGAUGCAUAGUGCAAAUUUUCCUAAAUGAAUCCACAAAUUUGAAGCCUUCUUGAUUUCCUUUUGCAUCUUGUGCCUGUGAAAUAAAACAAAAUGCACAAAAGAGUGAUACCUUUAUUGGCCAACCAAAAUGCACAAAACACUUCAUGCAAGCUUUCAUGUGCCUAUUUGACAUAUGGAUGCAUCUGCUGGCUCCAGUUUGUGACAACAAAGUAGAAUUCUGUAAACUAUAGAUAUAGUGUGGUGGAAACAAAGAGGAUGAAUGUUAGAACUGUCUCAGGAAAUUUAUUUAUUUACUAUAUUUGUAUACCGCCUCUCUCAGCUUUCCGGCGACUCAAGGCGGUUUACAAGGCAAAAUUCAAUGCCACCAAGAACACAAUUACAAUAUAAAACGUCAGCAUCAAUAAAAUAAUAACACUGUAAUAAAACAUAAUUCAAUAAAUACUCAUUAAAACAGUGUCCAGUCCUGUCAUGUAGUUGUUGCGGUUCAGAAAGUGUGGUAGGAAACUAGCCCUAUACACAUUAUCUGAAAGCCUUGUAUUUGUUUUAGGAAGAUAAUAGAGCAGUGGUUCUCGACCUGUGGGCCCCCAGAUGUUUUGGCCUUCAACACCCAGAAAUCCUAACAGCUGGUAAAAUGGCUGGGAUUUCUGGGAGUUGUAUGCCAAAAGACCUGGGGAUCCACAGGUUGAGAACCACUGCAAUAGAGGAACACACAAAAUGCUCUUUUCACUUCACUGAGAGAUGCUCUAGACACAGGUGUUGUCUUUUUUGGUGGUUAGGCAAAAUGUGAUCCUUUGAUGUUAGACUGGCGCUCUUAGCAUUCCUCACCAUUGGGUAUAAUGGUUCAGGCUGAUGGAAGUUGCAGUCGACCAUCUGGAAGGUCAUGUUAUUCACUUCUGCCUUAUGCAGACAAAGUAAAGACAGCCGUUCCAAUGGAGACAGAAAUACACAGUAUUCUGGAUUUAAGUAUUUGCAUUUAUGCACUAUAAUGUGCACUACCUUUGUGAUUUUUUUUAACUGUUUGGCAGUUCAGGGUUUUAUUCAGCGCUAUGUGAAACUUGAGUCCUGUAAAAGAGCUUCGCUUUCCUCUCCUUCCUUUUGAAGCCUCCAUGCCCCACUCCUAAAUUGCUCCCUUAACUAUCCAGAUUGAUUUUAGGGAAUGCUUUGCAGGAGUAGCAGGAACACCCCUCCCCGGUUCUGCUGCAGCUGAAUGCCUUGUUUCCAUUAAAGAGAUAUUUGUUGGAUUUCAUCCUUAUACUUUUGUUCCAUGCUUUAAUUUAAACAAGCAGCUUGAGGAGACACCUGUACUAAUCACUGGGCUUCCAUAGACAAUGUGCGCUAGUAGUCAGUUGAGGAAGUGCAGUAAACAGUAUAGGGGAAAUGAAGUGAAAAGAUAAUGGUCUUCUUAUCUCCUUAUAUGAUAUAGGAAAGCAAAAUAAAGGCUUCCACUGUAGAGGUAAGUAUAGUAUGUCACCCUGGAAAUUCUUUUGGUUAAUAUAAUGAUUUUUGUCAGUUCAAAAUUGUGGCUGCCUUCCUAUACACUUGUUGCCAUGUAAAAAAAACCCCAGUGUGAACAGUAGUUUUAAUAAAGACCGACAAAAUGUUUGAAA